GAGUUUUCGUUAGUUUUAAAAGAAAUAUUAUACCCAUAAGAUUUGCCAUCUACUUGUCAAAAAGAGCUUUUAGCGAGUAAUGCUUGUUACUUAAAAAUACAGGUGAAAAAAAAAAAAAAAAAAAAUCGAGUGAUGAUCACUUUAGUCUUCUAUGCACCUUGAAUUAAGCAAAAUUCUUUUGGCCAGGUUGUGUAAGCUGGGUGGAGAAAUAGCACCACAAAGUCUUUUUGUUCUAUUUAACAUUGAAAAUCUAUAUAGUUUUUAGCUGUAGUCAUUUAAAUCACUAUGCUGUAAAUCCCAACUAUAAAAGUUUUUGACUCUUAUAGUUUAUACUCUCAAUUCCUGGUGUGGAAUCUAUGUAGUAGAUACGUGCACAUGCAAAGUACCUGGGAAUUCCUCUAUUAGGUGAUGAAGUGUAUGGAGGGACCAAGAACAUGGCCAUGUCACUGCUUCAGCCCAGAACUCCACCUAGCUGUGAUGGCAAACUCUUGAAGUUGGUGUCUGGAUUAGAGAGGCCUUGCCUCCAUGCUUUUGCUCUUGGGUUCAUACAUCCACACACACGGGACAAUAUACACUUUUCACGCCCACCACCUCCUGAUUUUGCUGAGGCUUUGCACCAACUGCGGGAAAUUGGCACCGAGAAGAGAGAAGUGGCUGACAUUACAACGCAUGUUUGGGUGUAAAGUAUACUGUUAGGUAGAUGAACAUGAUCAUUUCAAGAUACUUGUGAGCAGUGCUACAGAUGAUCAUAAUCAUGUCCAGAUUCUCUUGAACGGGACUUGUAACCAUUUUGUCCCAGAAUUUAAACAACCAUUCGUGGAAUUACAUAUUAACAAAGAUGACUUCGAUUUCA